CUUGUCAACCGCGCCGAACAUCCCUCUGUUCUGCGGUCCCAUCCUUUCCCAUCUCCUCCCGCAGGCUAGGUAGGAGAUUCCAUCUUCAUCUUGACCCCAGUUCUUUCUGCGCCAUGUCUGCGCCAGGCGGGGCCCCAAGCCCUGCGCCCCGAGGUGGAAGCAUGGGGCCCGGAGGUGGAAUGCCCAUGCCUCCCCAGCAGUCCAUGGCGACCCCCCCAGUCCCAGCACCGACUCCCGGUCCGCCGCCGCCGCCCCCAAGCGGCGCCAUGUCGCAGCAGAAUUUGAAUCAGAUCGUUAUCGAUUAUCUGGCCAAGAAAGGAUAUAGCCGUACAGAGGCCAUGUUGCGCAUGGAAUCUGCAAAUCAAGAAAUUGAUGGACGUCCUCUGCCGCCUCUUGGUGAGGAUGCGCGACCCAAAUACAGAAUGGGUUUCGAUCUGCUCAAAGUCUGGGUUGAAGAUAACUUGGACCUGUACAAGCCAGAACUGAGACGAGUUCUAUGGCCACUUUUUGUCUACUCUUUCCUUAACAUGGUGACUUCAUUCUACCCGCAGGAUGCGAAACAGUUCUUUGAAAUCAACAAGAACCUCUUUCUGCCUGAGCACACAGAGGAUGUGCGCGCCUUGGAGCCCAUCAGCCUCCCUGAGCACGUCCAGGAUAACUCCGUCGCGAAGCUGUACCGCACCAACAAAUUCCGUCUGAUUCUCAGCAAUCCGGCUUUCUCAAACCUCAUGCAGUUCCUCGAGAACAAGCAGAAGGAAGGCGGAUCCGUCAUGUCUGCCAUCCUGAGCAGCUUUUGCACAGUCAUCACAAAAGAGCGUGCCGUUGAUGACCGAUUCAGCUUUGCUGCCAUGCUUGGUCAAUCUGGAGGACAAACCUUCCCAGCUGAAGACGAGGGUAUUCCAGGCCAUCAUCCAGGUUCUGCCUAUACCGGAGAUAACCCCGCCAUGGCGGGAACUUUACCCAGACUUAAGCUCGGAAACCUCCCAAUGGAGCAGACGCUGGAAGCCGAUGUGAGAGGCGAGCUGGCCGACGAAGAUGCGAAGAACCCACCGGCUCCGGGCCAAAACACUCUAAUCCAAGAGCUUGAUCAGAUGAUUAAAAAGGAGGAAGACGACGAAGCUUUCUCUCGCUCUGAUAUACCAUACCCCCCUUCAACGGCACGUGACGUGGCGAUCGAAGUGCAGAAAGUCAAGGAAAAUCGCGAUAGAUUCAGGAUUGAAGGCAGAACGGGUGGCGUCGGCCCUGCCGUCAGCGUUUGCAUGUUCACCUUCCACAAUACCUAUGACGGAAUCAACUGCCUGGACUUCUCCGAUGACAAUAUGCUCGUUGCAGCUGGUAUGCAAGAGUCAUACAUCCGGGUUUGGAGCAUGGAUGGGAAGAGAAUCCCGAAUACUUACGAGAACGUGGAUGACUCGGGUCCAUCGAACUCCCGCCGGCUGAUCGGGCACUCCGGGCCUGUCUACGCAGUGGCCUUUGCUCCGUCUAUCACACGCACCGAGAACGCAAUCGCGCCCACCAAUGCCCGUUGGCUGCUCUCAUCGUCCGCUGACAAGACCAUCAGACUGUGGUCUUUGGAUCUGUGGCAAUGCAUGGUUGUCUACAAGGGCCACGACCAGCCUGUCUGGGACUUGCAGUGGGGACCGUACGGACACUACUUUGCUUCUGGAGGACACGAUAAGACCGCUCGCCUUUGGGUAACCGACCAUAUUCGCCAACAACGAAUUUUUGUCGGGCAUGAUCAGGAUGUCGAUUGUGUUUGCUUCCAUCCCAACUCCGCCUACAUCUUUACCGGUAGCUCCGAUCAUACUGUGCGCAUGUGGGCCGUCACCACAGGCAAUGCUGUCCGCAUGUUCACCGGGCAUACCGGCAACAUCACCGCCCUGGCAUGUAGCCGCAAUGGGAAGCUCCUAGCAUCUGCCGAUGACCAUGGCUCGAUUCUACUGUGGGAUCUCGCUACUGGACGACUCAUCAAGCGCAUGCGUGGCCACGGCAAGGGCGGAAUCUGGUCUAUCAGCUGGAGCGUCGAAUCGACCGUGCUCGUCUCUGGCGGCGCUGACGGCACUGUGCGCGUGUGGGACGUGACCGGACCUUCUCAGGAAAACUCGCAAGGUCGCGUGGUCGGCGAGGGUGGGACGGGAUCCAAGGUGGAUGCAGGAAAUACCACAACCUCCAGCACGCAGGCGUCCAGCUCCGUCGCCCCGGGCAUGGGCAAGAAGAAAGGCAAAGACGUCGUCGUCUCGUCCGACCAGAUCAGCGCUUUCCCCACCAAGAAAAGCCCCGUCUACAAGGUGAAAUUCACCAACAUGAACCUGAUCAUUGCCGGGGGUGCUUAUCUUCCCUGAGAAACGGGGAUGGAAUUUCUUUCUGCACAGUGGCGCCUGAUACCCGUUUUCUGCUUAUUGCACGGUCUCUUUUCUUUUUAUCGUAUUUAUCUUCACAUUCUCGCUAUCUCUUCUUGUAAUACAUUCCACAUCUGGGACUUUUAAAUGAAAAGAACUCAAACCAUUGAUAGUCGCACGGGGUGGCAAUUUCUGGCUGGGUAUUCGGCGGGCGUCCCGGCACGGUUGAACCAUGGCAUCGGUGUUGGUUGGCAGUGAUAAACAGAGGAAAAAUGUCUUUACAGCAAAUUAGACAGGCAGGUUAAUUGAUUGAAAUUGAACAUGGU